CUUUGACGGAGGACGAGGUUCGUCAGCAUCUCGCCUACGCCGGCCCUAUCACAGAGCUCCAAGUGCCGAUGAACGCGGACCAGAACCGCAUCGCGGGCUAUGCCUUCGUCCGCUACACCACGGGCGACGGCACGCAGUCGUGCUUGCAGUGGGACCGCACCAUGUAUGCGGGUAGGGAGUUCCGCGUCGAACGCGCCAAGAACCAGGCCCCGCCGCUAGCGAUCAUGGACCGCCCGGCCUGUUAGGGAGUUCCCGCGUGCCCCUCCCCGUAGCCGUCGUCUGCCCGCUCUGGCGGGGGUGCAGAGAGCGACCGGGCGCUCGAUUUUGGACUCUC